AAAAAAAUAUGAUUAUUUGAAAAUAAAUACAGUUUCUUAAGCAACAAUUAAAGAAUGAAGGAAAUACAAUAUGAUCUUCGGCUUCCAAAUCUUAUUGCCAUGAUCAGUGUCUUUGAAGUUGGUUUCUUAUAUUAUUUAUGUAUUUCACAGAUCUGAGCAAGAUAUGUUGUCUGCAGACAACCAUGGAUGGAUGAAGGAUAAGCCUUUAGAGAAGUUCAGUCUGAAUGUCAAUGACAGCAAGAAAAUGCUUAAUCAUUUAAACCAGUUAAGCAAAAUUAGGAUGGACCAGCACACCAGGAUGACAUUCAUUUGGAAGGAAAAUGCUCUGCUGUUUAUUGCUUUGUUCAGUAAGCAUCGCUCUAAAAUGGAGCAGUUCCUGUCAGAUCUGGAAGAAAGUGCAGUUCAACUGGACAAGAUGAAGAUGAGGGGCAGUAUCUUCAAUAUAGCUGGUAGUUCAGUGGGGAUAGUAGGAGGUGUCUUGUCCAUUGUUGGCAUUUCUCUCGCUCCUGCCACUGUUGGGGUGUCUUUGGCUCUCACUUUUGCAGGGCUUGGUCUGGGAGUGGCCAGUAGUUUGGUCACAGGUAUUACUGAAAGUGUCAACAAUUACCAUUGUAAAAAUGCACAAAGACUUUUCCAAGAAUGUAUCCAUAAUGUGGAAAAGAUUCAAAGCUGUUUGAACAAUGAUGUUAACCAUGCCCUCUUUAUAGAUCUCUUUUUCAUUAGCAAAGACAGUAUAAGUCUUGCAAAAGGGAGCAAGAGUGAAACAUCUCCGCUCAUUCGCUCCAGAGUAACUCUGUGGAAAUCCGAACUUGAUGCCUGGCAGAAGAUUUAUGAUUCUUUAUGCAUAGGGAUAUGGAGGUAUAGGAAGAGCCAGAAACUGCUGGAACAACCAUUUUAUCCUUAUAAGAAGAGUAUAAUAAUGAGAAUAUGGGAAAUGUUCAUAUAUAUUAAAAAUAAGAUUUGUUUGAAGUUGAAAAAAAUUAAGAUGUGCAUUAAAUCUUUAUAUUUGAAAUUGUUAGACCAGUUAGACCAAAUAUUUUAAUGGCGUCCCUGAGCAUGUUUGAUCAAGCCUCGCAAUAUGUUAAAAUAUGAUUGAGAACUUUGCUUGAUUCACAGCACACAAAUAUUUUCAUUUUUUAAAGUAAAAAUGAUUUUGAUUGAAGUGUUUGCUUUUGCAAAGAUGUGUUAGGAUUUGCAUUUUG